GUCAACAGCAGUUCAUCUUCAUCUCCUUCUCCGUUCAUUACAGAAAGUAGAUAACAAUAAUGAAAGUUAAAGGAUUAAUUAUUAACUUUUUACAUGCAUCAUUCCUUGUUUUGGGGAUUUUUCAAGCAUCCGUAAAUGGCCGCCCGUUGUUGCUGUCGCUCGACCGGCCGCGGCCGGAUGAUGCCGCUGACUUUGCUCGGUGGUUGGUCUGCCAGAAUUCAUGGGGCGUCCUCAGGACAUCGGUUUUGUUUCAGCACUAUCUCAAACGACUGGGGAGGUGCACCUUUCGGGAACGUAGUUUCAUUUAGUGAUGGUAUACCCGAUGAAGGCAAAGGUAUUCCAUACUUCUAUCUAACGGCCCUUGAUCCAACUGCAAGCAAUGCAUUGAAAGACCAGAGAUCUUCCUUAACGUUAAGUGAAUAUAAUCUUGGAACUUGUGGGAAGAAAGAUCCCGAGAACCCAACUUGCGCAAAAAUUACACUCAUUGGAAAGUUAAAAUUACUUGAUGGAGAUUCUGAGGAAACUGAAUUUGCUCGAACUGCAUUAUUCUCGAAGCACUCUGAGAUGAAAGGAUGGCCUAAGAGUCACAAGUUCCAGAUCUUCAAAUUAGAUAUUGAAGAUAUAUUUUUGAUUAAUUGGUAUGGCGGUCCAAAGCCUCUCACGGUAGAUCAGUACCUCCACACCAAAAUGAAUGAACUUAUAUUCAAUGCGGAUACAAGUUCCUGACUACGGUUCCUCCAUUGUGUUCCGCGUCGUAAUCAAGGAAGAAUUCGACCUUUCCCUUCGUUCGUAUAAAUAUCGUGUAAAAUACAGUCAUACUCCAGCAGCAAAAUCUUUGGUGGGAAGAACAGUAUAUAAAUAAAUAGUAAUUAAGAAACCUCUCUUAGAACUCAUAUUCCGUUCAGUCGCUCGUGUUUAUAUGGGGAAAUGUGGAGCUGAUAAGAAAUUGUUUUGAUGAUUGUAAAUUCAUGCUUCUGUUGUUCGACAGUAUCUCAAGAAUCAGUGAAAUGCCUCUGAACUGUAAAACCAAAAUCAAUCUGGGAUUGGUUUAACUGAUUUUUGUUUGCUUUGAUCACGUAUGUAGUGCCAAUGGCAAUGCCAUCUCUUCAUUGCAAUUUGUAAAAAGAAUGGUUGACUUUAUCAAGUUUGUUAUCGAUUUUAUCGUUUUAUUA